ACAUUCACAAACAUCGAGGCCACACCAUCCUUGCUGCCGGCCAAGCGCUAUUGCGACAUCACAGGACUUCCAAGUGUGUACUGCGACCCGGUUACAAAGGCUCGCUUCCAUAAUCAAGAAGUCUUCGACAAGGUCAAGAUAUUGGGCGUAGAUGGCUCUCAGCCGUUCCUUGCGCUACGAAACAGCCAGAUAGUCUUGCGCUGA